AUGCCAGAGACUUCGACAGAACCGUCCUCGCUAGAAGCACCCCCAUUCGCUCUUCUCCCAUUCUUCCGCCCCGAGAACCUUGCCAAGUGUUUCAUUCUCCGUGAGACCGACGAGCCAUAUCAAAAGCUGGCUGAUGCCCUGGGUACUUCCGCCGCCAUAAAGGGUGGCACUGGAAUCGAGACCCCCGGCGACUCCGGGGAUGAAAAGGGAGUCGGGACAGGGUUGCUCCGAAAGCACCAGCCUUUGUUGGAUGGUUUGGAGGACCAUCACUUUGAAGGGAAUGUGAGCCCGCAGGCGUUGCCACAUGAGCUUACAGAGACGACCUUUGUGAUGGGUGCUUCUCCAUGCACUACCGAGUGUGCGGAGGCUGAUGCUAUCCAGGGUAUGCCGCCCCCAAUCCCAAGUCCAGUGGGCUCCAUCGCAGACCCUAUCCACACCCAAGCUCGGGAAGCGGAGGUGGAAGGCCCCUCUCCGGUCGCUCCUCCCAACUCACCUGCCGACAAGCCAGAUGAGGCCAGCCGGGUGAUAUUCCGGAACGAAUUCUUCGAGGUCAGGCCAUCGUCCCUGCUCGGGUUCGGCGCGUUUGCCGUGAAGGAGCUGAAGUACGGCGACUGCAUCCUCACCGAACGCCCGCUGAUGCGAACGACUGGCAUGGGACUGUUCAAGGACUUUGACGACCUUGACGAGGAGGACAAGCAGAUAUAUAUGAGCCUCCAUGGGUUCUCGAUCAAGAAGGACGCCCACGUGGUCGAGAAGAUACUCCGGGCAAACAGCUUCGCAGUGCCGGGCGGGGUGGCGGUCUUUGCCGUGGCGUCCAGGUUCAACCACGCGUGCAGGUCGGUUCGCAAUGUUCUCUUCGCAUUUGACAGCGAGCACGAAGUGCUCAAGCUCACCGCUGCCGAGGAGAAGAUCGCGGCGGGUACCGAGCUAUUCAUUAACUACGGCGCAGAGCCCGAGGACCUCUAUCGCGUGUGGGGGUUCCAAUGUUCCUGUGGAGGCUGCAGCCCCAUUUUGGCCCGGGAGGUUUGCAUCGUCUCAGAGGAGACCUGGUCGGGUUGA